AUGGAUGGAUGGAAUAGGCUACGUCCGAGUCGAGCUGGAAAUUUCUUCCAUCGUAAUCGGGCCAAAUCGAUUUUCCAAAUUGGCACGAACCGGAAUCGCCAUCGUGCAGAAGUUUCGCGAAAUCGAAAUCAGCGGGCGCUGCCAGCAAGAGCGGCCCAGAUCGGGGGUCGAUUGGGCUUCAGGGCAAAAUCCAUCGACCCCUUCAGGCGACGCAACACAGGCUUUCCAACCAAGAAAUUUUCGAACUUGAAGCGGAGCCACAAACCACAACGACGACGGCCAGCUGAGAGAGAACAAAGGAAAGAUGAGCCGAAAGCGGCAGCAAUCGGCCUGCUGCGAGCGAAUCCCGCAUCAAGGGAAUGA